AUGAGCUAUAGAUCAAUUGUUGGUGGGCUGAGUGGCUUAGGUGCAGGGAGUUUUGUUGUUGCUAGUUUUUGGCGUAAUCCUUUCAAAAGUAGUGAUCAAAAUAGUACUAAAACUUCACCUGAUGAAACUGGGAGAGCGGGAGUUCCUGGAAAAAGUAGUGGAUCAGAGGGCAAUGUUCCUUUACGAAAUUUGAAUGUGAAUCCUAGUGGAUUUUUCAGAUAUGGAUUUCCUGGUCCAAUUCACGAUCUAAAAAACAGAGAAGAAUUUGUGUCGUGCUACGAUCGUCAGAAUCGUAUACCGUACUGGGUUGUGGAACAUAUUACACCGCAAUCGCUGAAGAACAAAACUGGAGAUCGUAAGAACUCAUUUUUUAAGGAGGAUGAAGGGGUCCCGGAGACUUUCAGAGCACGUCUUAAGGAUUAUUUCCGAUCAGGAUACGAUAGAGGCCAUUUAGCGCCCGCUGCUAACGCCAAAUUUUCUCAACAAGCGAUGGAUGAAACCUUUUUUCUCAGCAAUAUUUGUCCCCAGGUUGGUGAAGGUUUCAACAGAGAUUACUGGGCUCAUCUUGAAUAUUUUUGUCGUCAACUUACGGAGAAAUAUGGUAGCGUAAGAAUCCUUACAGGGCCCCUCUUUCUGCCAAAAAGGGAUCCCGUGGAUGGAAAAAUAAAAGUUACUUAUGAGGUCCUUGGAAAUCCCCCUACUGUUGCCGUUCCCACCCAUUUUUACAAAUUAAUUGUUGCUGAGAAUCCAGUUAAGAAUCCCACCACCGACGUUGUUGCUGUUGGAGCUUUUGUACUUCCAAAUGACAGUAUUUCUAACGAUACAAAAUUGACUGACUUUGAAGUCCCUGUUGAUGCUAUAAGUAGAAGUACAGGGUUGCAGCUGCUUCAAAAAUUGCCCGAGAACAAAAAACUAGAACUUUGCAAAGAAGUUGAUUGUCACAUUGUUGUGAGAGAUUUUAAGAAAGCAUUGCCAGAGCCUAAAAAAUAUCCCGCCUUACCACCACCGCGUACGUCCUCGUAA